AUUGCUGAUCUGAAAGGAUCGAUACAAAGUGUUUCAAUCUCUGCGAAUCAAACUGUUGGUAUUCAUAGUCAAAGCAAUGUUACUGCAACACGAAAGUGCCGCCAGCAUGGAACAGAGUAUGCCAGAGAAUCUCAGCACUCAUGUUUACGGCGGCGAAUGUGAAAUGAAGCUGCCAUCGCCCCCGGGCAAUCGCGAUCGCGAUCGCGAUCUGUCGCCCAAGGAGUCCACCCAUAGUCCCGAGACGAGUGUAUCCAGUCCAACGCCUCCCACAAGCACCAGCACCACCAAAGUGAAACUCAGUUUCAGUGUCGAUCGUUUGCUGGGCUCUGAUCCCAGCGAAUCCCUGACAAACUCUUCAUCCUCCUCCACGAGAUCCUGCUGCGAUGGCAGCGUCUUCUCCUGCUGCAUAUUUCCACACUGUUUCAGUCAAUCGCAGGCAGAGGCUGCCAAGCUAGGACAUGUUUCUGCUCUACAAACUACACAAAGUCAUCAUUAUGCCUAUGCGGCAGGAUUGGAUAAGCUAUACCCGAACCUUUAUAUGGAUUACAAAUCUGUGCUGAGACCAACGCCCAUUCGAGCUAAUGAACAUGCAACCUCAUAUCCCACUCUGGCAACCAACGCUCUUCUACGCUUCCAUCAGCAGCACCACCACCAGCAACACCCACAGCAUCAUCAGCCGCACCAUCAGCCUCACCAUCAGUCGCACCUUCAUCAGCAGAAACCUGCCACGAAUGCAGCCUCGACAGCUGCAGCGCUGCUGGCGCCUCUUCAUAGCCUCAAGUCUCUGCAGUUGACGCAGCAGCAGCGAUUUCUGGGCAAGUCGCAGCAGCAGCUGCUGGACAACAUUCCCACAUCGCAGGCGGCAGCCUCAAUGCAAAAUGGCAGCCAAAAUGGGGGCGGCAACGGCAACGGCAACGGCAACAGUGGCAGUGGCAACAGCAACGGGAAACGGAAACGCUCCUGGUCACGGGCUGUCUUUACGAAUCUGCAGCGAAAGGGCCUGGAAAUACAGUUCCAGCAACAGAAGUACAUUACAAAGCCAGACAGACGCAAGCUGGCGGCACGCUUGAAUCUGACAGAUGCGCAGGUCAAAGUAUGGUUCCAGAAUCGCCGCAUGAAAUGGCGACACACACGCGAGAAUCUAAAAAGUGGCCAAGAGAAGCAGCCUCAUGCACAGCCCUCGAGUGUGGCUGCCACGAAGGCCACGACCAUGCCAGGUGCUGGCCAUCAUACACAGGAGCAGCUGGACUACAGCUCCGAUAGCUGCUCGAGUGCGGAGCUCAGCGAACAGGCGGACGAUGAUAUAGAAAUUGAUGUGGUGGAGUAGAGCAAUGAAUUCUACAUCAAUACAUGCUCGUACAUGCAUAACUACAUGCAAGUCGCAUGCUUGUUACUUGUGUAAAGUACCAUGUCGAGUAGCUUAAGUCACGUAGAAUAUUCCCUCUAAUUUA